AUGCCUGCUCCAAUGCAUGCGUGCGGGGGGCACCAGUGGCAAAUGGCCAUGCACAUCUUCAGCAUCAUGGACAUGUCUCAACGAGACUUGUUGAGCUACGGAAUUGCGCUGAACAGUUGUGACAAGGGCCAUCGUUGGCAGCAAGCCAUUGAGUUCUUCCAAAGCAUUCGGGGCGUUGAUGUGGUCUGCUUCAACUCGACCCUGUCUGCAUGUACAAAGGGACAGGCCUGGCUGGAAGCCUUAGAGCUCCUUCGCUCCGCAGGGCUUUACCGCUUGGAGCCGGAUGUCGUCAGCUAUGGGACAGCCAUUGGGGCUAGCUCAGCGGCAGGCUGGCCAAUGACCUUGCACCUUUUUGCGGACAUGGACAGACAAAGGAUUGAGAGAAAUGCCACAGUCUACAAUGCCACCAUCAGUGCAUGUGUUGCAGGACAGCAUUGGAAGUUGGCCUUGCACUUCUUUCACGCCAUGCCAUUCACGUCCGACGUGUACACGUACAAUGCAACCAUUUCAGCCUUAGAGCUCGGCAACCGUUGGGAGAUGGCACUUCAUUUCUUCUCCUCAAUGCCCAAAGCCUUUUUGAAGCCCACGGUGGUGAGCUACAAUGCCGUCCUUGCUGCCUUGAAGCUUCAGUGGCCCCUGGCACUGGCGCUCGCCUCCGAGAUGUGCGAGCGAUCCGUAGCGCUGGAGCGGGACGCGGCGCUGGAUGCGUGA